AUGAAACAGCCUGGUGUUAUUUUGGUUAAUGAAUGGGAGGGAAGAAACCCACAGCGUGAUAUAACGAAGAUAUUGGGAAAGGAGCUGAGAGCGUAUGCGUACGAGUACAAGUGUCCACAGGUUUUUGCAUAUGAUGGAAUACACCUUCUGGUUGUUCAAUUCAAAGCUAAAGACGAUGAAGAUAUCAAAUCAUUGCAUUGUCGCGUUGAUUGCUGUAUCUUGGCGCGGACACCCGAAGGUGCACAAUGUACUGCCCGAUUUGCACUUUAUCGGCUAGCAUGGAGGGGCUGGAUGAGGAUGAUCGGUGUAUGGUCAGCUGAUUUUCACGUUUCGAUUGUCGGAUGGCGUCGAGAAUUCCGAUAUUGGUCAGGACGUCCAGGUUGGGUAAACGAACAAGAUCCGCGCAGGAAAGAAUUAGACCAUCCGGAUGGUUAUAUGCGAAGGUUUGAUCUAACAAAGAAGGCAUGGUAUUGGGUAGAUGUGCAGAGAAAUCCAGUACUUGAUGUGUACGGCAAUACUAUUUGGGACUCCAUUCAAUCAUUGCCAUAA